AUGUCGCUUGAAAACGAAUUUGGCGCUAUUCUCUGUACCUGCUUCAUUUCAAGCAAUGCACCCAACGAAAUUGAUGGAACCACAGCCUGGUUAUUCACGGGAGUAAAACGAUCACGCAUUCACAUGGCCGACGAGGGUCUGGCACUCGGCCUCAGCCUUGUUCAGCUCUCCAAUAGCCGCGGCCUCGCAGCCAGCAAAUCCGACAACAUCGAGGAAGAUUCCGAGAGGGCCGCUAACGGCAGCAAGACCCAGCGCGGCAGCACCGCAGACCGCAAUCUCUCCCACAGCAGCCGUAACGGCGCCAGUCUAGCAUUGGCUGCAGAGAGUGCCGCAGUUCAUCUAACUGAGGCGGCGACCCCUGCCACCGCCGGUCUCGAUAGCCUCCAUCGCAGCAUUGCGAGCUCCCUAAAGUCUGUCCUGGGACUGCUUGAGCCUAGGGUCCUGGCGGGCGAUGAACUGGCUAGCGCCCUCGUGGUUGGUAAUGGGGCUGGGAGCAGCCAUGCCGGUGGCGGCAAGGAGAGUGACGAGAAUGGCAGAGGCGUGCAUCUUGAUAGUUUUUUGGUUGUUGGUGUUGGUGUUGGUGUUGUGAGUUGAAAGACGGUUGGUUUUAAAUGAGUGUAGAUACUGAUUGUUUGAAGGAAUGAGCUGAAUAGUGUUGUAGUGUGGAAUAAUUGUGAUGAAGAGAGAAGUAUGUACCCUUAACGGGGGAAUAACUUGAUCCUUUAUACUUUCUGAGUCUACCUCAUUCUAGUGUCUCUUCGUCUUUGGGACUCUGAGGCGAUUACCUCCGGAUGAUCCAAUUGCCUGUACAAGAUCUCUCGCACGUUAUCCCGUCAAUAUCUCAAGACGUAGCGACACGGCAAGACCGAUUCGUAUGCUAUAUGCAUCACUCUGUAUAGUGCUUAGUGAUCUAUAAGUCUUG